GCGGUUGGUGCUGGUAAGUGGUAAUGUUCGUAUCAGAAUAUUAUGCGUAAAAUUAGUUAUUAGUUAAUUUAUUUCAAAUAAAAGCUCGGAACGAUGCUAUAAUUGUAUGAACAAUUUUCGAGUGAUUCAUAGAAGCCUUUUAAAACAAAAGCCAGUGUAUUCAUGGAGCUGAUUCAAACGUUGAAAGGCCACAUUGGGCGAGUUUGGAACGUCGGUUGGAAUCCAGAAGGAGCAGUUUUAGCUACAUGUGGCGAAGACAAAACAAUUAGAUUGUGGACCAAAGAAAACAGUAACCCUUUGAAGUACGGAUUGAAAACUAUUCUAACUGAUGGUCACCAAAGAACUAUCCGAUCGGUUUGUUGGUCUCCCUGCGGACAAUAUUUGGCAUCUGCCAGUUUCGAUUCCACAGUAGCUGUUUGGGACAAAAAAUCCGGUGAAUUUGAGUGUAACGUUACUUUAGAAGGUCAUGAAAAUGAAGUUAAAUGUGUAUCAUGGUCUAAAUCUGGCCAGUUACUAGCUACUUGCGGAAGAGAUAAAUCAGUUUGGGUAUGGGAAAUAUCUGAAGAUGACGAAUAUGAAUGUGCAGCGGUAUUGAAUGCUCACACUCAAGAUGUAAAGAAAGUAAUCUGGCACCCUAGCGAGGAUAUCUUAGCUUCAUCAAGUUACGAUAAUACCAUUAAAAUAUUCAAAGCUGAUAUCAACGAAGAUGACUGGACCUGUUGCGGCACCCUUCGUUCGCACGAAUCAACAGUAUGGAGUAUAGCUUUCAAUUCUUCCGGGAAAAGAUUAGUAUCUUGCAGCGAUGAUUGCACUUUGAAAAUAUGGCAAGCUUAUGAACCAAAUAAUGAAUUUGGAGUUGCCACUCCUGACAACGAAACCGUAUGGAAAUGCAUUUGUACAAUCAGUGGUUACCAUAAUAGAACGAUUUAUGAUGUGUCAUGGUGUCAUCUUACGGAUUUGAUUGUCACAGCUAGUGCUGAUGAUAGUAUUAGAAUAUUCAAAGAAUCAGAUACAUCGGAUAUUAACCAGCCAACGUUCAAUUUACUAACGUGUUUAAAUAAUGCUCAUCUUCAAGACGUAAACUGCGUUUCGUGGAAUCCGGUAGAACGAGGAAUUCUGGCUUCGUGUAGUGACGACGGGGAGAUUAAAAUAUGGAAAGUCAGAGAAGACAUGUAUUAAAUACAUCUCUAGAGUACUGAACUCGAGCUUCCUUUUUUCAACUAUGGUGGUGAUAUAGAAAAAUAGAAAGUUUGCGAAGCAG